UUUAAUGUAUGAGGCAAAAGCUCUUUGUGGCUGUCUGCAGCGAGCAGACGGUCAGAUGAAUGAAAUUUUUUGAUUCUGAAGAGGAAAUCCACAUCACCUCUCAUUCAUAUUUGGAUAUUAGCCAUAUAUCAUCUGCUUCUUUUCUACUUCCCGCUACUUUUUGCUGUCAGGUUUUCUCUGCACUCCUUCCAGACAUUCAUCUAUUCUGCAUUUUUUGCUGCAUCUCUCACAUUUCUCCGUUCCUCUUCCUCACUUUCCGACUGGGUCACCAUGGAUAUCGGUGGCCUGACGACAGUGGUGGCCAACUCUGCCUACAUCUCAGCCCGCGGCAGCUUUGAUGGCACUGCCAACCCUGCAACCAACCGAGACAAGAAGUACCACUCACGCCUGAAGCUGCCUCACAUCACGGUGUGUGAAGGCUUGCGGGAGACUUUAGAUCUGGGCUUCCAGACAGUCUGCGUGGAGCAGCCCAUCGGCAAACGUCUCUUCCAGGAGUUCCUGGACUCCAUUAAAGAAUACAAAAGCCCCUGCCGCCUAUGGAAGGAUAUUGAGGAAUACAACAUGGCUGAGGAUGAAGACAGUCAAAGAGUCAAAAAGGCAAGCAAGAUCUUGUCGAGGUACAUGGAGCCGGACGCUAAGUAUUUCUGCCCCUUUCUGCCAGAAAACGGCAUCACAAAGGUCAAAGAGAAACACCAAGAGGCCGGGGAUGAACUUUUCAGUGAGACCAUGGACAACGUGAUGGACUUUCUCAAGGAAGUGCCCUACACUUUCUUCCUGGAGAGUAUGUAUCUGAAAAGGUUCCUGCAGUGGAAGUGGUUGGAGAUGCAGCCAGUGGGAGAGGACUGGUUUGUGGAUUUCCGUGUGUUGGGGAAAGGAGGUUUUGGGGAAGUGUCUGCCUGUCAGAUGAAGGCCACAGGGAAACUGUACGCCUGCAAGAAGCUCAACAAGAAAAGGCUGAAGAAGAGAAAAGGCUAUGAGGGGGCGAUGGUGGAGAAGAAGAUCCUGGCUCGAGUUCACAGCAGGUUCAUCGUCUCUUUGGCGUACGCCUUCCAGUCCAAAACUGAGUUGUGUCUGGUCAUGACCAUCAUGAACGGAGGAGACCUGAGGUAUCACAUUUAUAACGUGGAUGAGAACAACCCGGGGUUUGACGAGGCGCGGGCCUGUUACUACGCCGCUCAGAUCAUCCAGGGGAUGGAGCACCUGCACCAGAAGAGGAUCAUCUACAGAGACCUCAAACCAGAGAACGUUCUGCUGGACAAUCAAGGUAACGUGCGUAUCUCUGACCUUGGCCUGGCUGUGGAGCUGGGUGAUGAUCAGCUCAAAAUCAAGGGUUACGCUGGGACUCCAGGUUUCAUGGCUCCAGAGCUGCUUAAAGGAGAGGAGUACGACUACUCUGUGGAUUACUUUACCCUGGGGGUCACUCUGUUUGAGUUCAUGGCUGCCAAGGGCCCCUUCAGGACCCGGGGAGAGAAGGUAGAGAAUAAGGUGGUGAAGAAGCGUAUCCUGAAUGAGGCAGUGAUGUAUCCAGAGAAGUUCAGUGAAAACGCCCGCUCCAUCUGUGAGGGUCUGCUGGUCAAAGAGGUCGACAAGAGGCUCGGCUUCAAGAACGGAUCUUGUGACGAGAUCAGGGCGCACCCCUUCUUCAGAGAGAUCAACUGGAGGAAACUCGAUGCAGGGAUCCUCACACCCCCUUUUGUGCCAGACUCAAAGACAGUUUACGCCAAGAACAUCGAUGACGUCGGGGCCUUCUCCACCGUGAAAGGUGUCCAGCUGGACAACAAAGACAAUGACUUUUAUGAUGAGUUCGCCUCGGGGAACAUCUCCAUCCCCUGGCAGGAGGAGAUGAUCGAGAUGGGGAUCUAUGGCGAGCUCACAGUCUGGGGACCUGAAGGCACACUGCCCAACGACCUGCGCCGAGAAUCCAUCCUGGAGCAGCCGCCCAAGUCCUCCACCUGCACGGUGUCGUGA